AAAAGACACACACACACAACACAAGAAGUACACCUGUCUUGUGUCAAGUUCACGUUAAUCUCUUAGAAUAAAACAAGAUGGGAGAUAGUAUGAGAAAAAGCACAUGUGUAAAUAUGUAUGAUAGGUCCCUAAGCUGCACAGCAGCGACGGACAAAACACUGUAAACCAAAUAGACUCUAACAAAAAUAAACUGAAAUAAAUACAAAGCAAAAAAUAAGAAUUUGUAUUUUGCAGAGCUGACAAAAAUACAGGAAGAAGAUGUUGCACACCCAGGAGAAGCAAAAGAAGGUUUGGAAGGAGAAAAGCUAGGUCUGUACCUGAUCGACCAGGAGCGAGUUUGGUAUCAGGAAGUUCUUCAUAAAUCUCACUUCCCCUUUUCUCUCUUUCUACUUAACAGCACGUAUUGUUUCCUAAUGAAUAACCAACUGUACCCCGUCUAUCCCCCACCUCAUAUCACUGAAGGUGAACAAGAAAAAUACAGAAAUGCACUGAAAAAGAAGUCCUGGCAAAUCUGGCAGAAUUCACGGCCUGGAGCCAGUGAACACGUCCACAUUUUCACACGGAGAUAUGAGGCCCUGGUCCCAUUCUGCAAUCCUCAAGUGCCCACAGGGCCGUUUCCUCACACCGUGGUCCUGCACGGUCCUGCUGGCGUCGGGAAAACCACAGUGGCAAAGAAGCUGAUGCUGGACUGGACCCAGGACGGCCUGGCCCAGGCCGUCCACUCCGCCUUCUAUCUCAGCUGCAAGGACCUCAGCCACAGGGGGACGUGCACGUUUGCAGAGCUGAUCGCCGCGGCCCAGCCGGGUGCGCGGGAGGCCGUUCCGCAGCUCCCGGCCCGAGCCCAGGAGAUCCUGCUCGUCGUCGACGGCUUCGAGGAGCUGCGGGUGCCCUCGGGGGCCCUCGUCCGUGACCUGUGUGGCGACUGGAAGCAGCCGAAGCCGGUGGCCGUCCUCCUGGGGAGUCUGCUGAGGAGGAAGAUGCUGCCCAGGGCCACGCUGGUGAUCACCACGCGCCCGGGGGCCCUGCGAGAGCUGCGGCUCCUGGCGGAACAGCCGCUCUUCGUGGAGAUCGAGGGCUUCCUGGAGCCGGACAAGAAGGCCUACUUCCUGGAGCACUUCGGGGAGGAGAGGCAGGCCCUGCGAGCUUUCGCCCUGAUGAAGGGCAACGCGGCGCUGUUCCGGCUGGGCUCUGCCCCCGCCGUGUGCCGGAUUGUCUGCACCUGUCUGAAGGCGCAGAUGGAGGGCGGCGAGGACCCCGCCUCGACCUGCCAGACCACCACGUCGCUGUUCCUGCGCUUCCUCUGCAGCCAGUUCGCCCCGGCUCCCGGCGCCUGCCCCCAUCCGCGCCUCCAGGCUGCGCUGAGGGCCGCGUGUCUCCUGGCCGCCGAGGGCGCGUGGACACAGACGUCUGUGUUCGACGGGGACGACCUCGGGAGGCUCGGGCUCACGCCGUCAGCCCUCUGUCCUUUCCUGGACAAGCAGAUUCUCCAGAAGAACGGCGACUGUGGGGGCUGCUACUCUUUCGUCCACCUCAGCGUCCAGCAGUUGCUCGCGGCCAUGGUCUAAGUCCUGGAGACGGAGGAGGAGGAGGAGGAGGAGGAGGAGGAGGAGGAGGAGGAGGAGGAGGAGGAGGAGGAGGAGGAGGAGGCGGCGGCAAGAGGCGAGGCAGGGGGCUGCACAUGGGACAUUGGGGACGUGCAGAAGCUGCUGUCCAAGGAGGAGAGACGAAAGAACCCCGACCUGACCCGCGUGGGGUCCUUCUUGUUCGGCCUCCUGAACGAAGAGAGAGCCCGGGAGCUGGAGACCACUUUCGGCUGCCGAGUGUCGGGGGCGGUCAGGCGGGAAUUACUCAAGUGCAGGUCCGAGUCCGAUGGGAACGGACCUUUCUCCUCGAUGAUGGACACAAAGGAGAUGCUGCACUGUCUUCACGAAUCGCAGGAGGAGCAGCUGGUGAAGGACGCCAUGGCCCACGUCCCGGAGAUUGCUGUUCACCUGACCAGUGCGUUUGAAAUGGUGGAGGCUUCGUUCUGCCUCAAGCACUGUCAGGACCUGUGGAAGAUUUCCCUGCAGGUCGGCAAGAGGAUAUUCCUGGAGAACGACUCCAUGCAGAAGUCAAGCACUCAAGCUGAGAGGUCUCUGAAUGACCCUUUGCUUCCUUUCUGGAUGGACCUUUGUUCCGUGUUUGACACAGACAGGAAUCUGCUCUUUUUGGACAUCAGUUAGAGCUUCCUCAGUUUCUCAGCAGUGAGGAUUCUUUGUGAAAAAGUAGCCUCUGCUACCUCGAGUCUCCAGAAGGUGAUCCUCAAAAACAUGUCCCCAGUGGAUGCCUAUUGGAACUUGUGCAUUGCUUUUGGGGGUCAGCAGACCCUGACACAUCUGACCCUUCAAGGCAAUGACCAGGAUGAUAUGCUCCCCCCACUGUGUGAGGUCUUGAGACACCCGAAAUGUAACCUGCAAUAUCUGAGGCUGGCAUCUUGUGCGGCCACCAGGCGGCAAUGGGCUGAUCUCUCCUGCUGCCUCCACAUCAACCAGUCCCUCACACGCUUGAACCUCACAGCAAACGAGGUCCUGGAUGAGGUGGCCAAGCGGCGGUACGUGACCCUGGGACACCCGAAGUGCUGCCUACAGAGGCUGUCGUCACUGGAAAACUGUCAACUGACAGAAGCCUCUUGCAAGGAGCUGUCUUCUGCUCUGACUGUCAAACAGCGGCUGACCCACCUGUGCUUGGCCAAAAACGCUCUUGGAGAUCGUGGGGUGAAACUUCUGUGUGAGGAUCUGAGUUACCCCGAAUGUCAACUACAAACCCUGGUGCUAUGGUGUUUCAACAUAACUGGUGAUGGCUGCAGUCACCUUUCAACGCUUGUCCAACAAAAUUCAAACCUUACACACUUGGAUCUGGGACUGAAUCACAUAGGAAUUGUUGGACUGAAGUUCCUGUGUGAGGCUGUGAAGAAACUGCUGUGUAACCUAAGGAGUCUAUGGUGGUGGGGAUGUGCCCUCUCUCCAUUCUGUUGCGCAGACCUCUCAUCUGCCCUUAGAAGCAACCAGAACCUCAUGACUCUGGACCCGGGCCAGAAUUCCUUGGGGUAUAACGGGGUAAAGAUGCUGUGUGAUGCCUUGAAACAUCAGAGAUGCCCCCUGAAGACACUCAGAUUGAAGAUAGAUGAAUCUGAUGCUCAAGUCCAGAAGCUGCUGAAAGACACGAAGGAAAACAACCCACAACUGACUACUGAGAGUGACUGCGGAAAUCCAAAAAAUAACAGACCUUCUUCUCAUGAUUUUAUUUUCUGAAUCCUGGGGUUACUCAUUCUCCAGUAAAGUCGGGGAUCUUCAAGCUGAUGGUGAGCUUCCUGUGAGCUUUGUCAGUGAUGUCAAUUGCUGGGCUGGAUGUUAUUUUAACUGUGCUUGUGCCUCUAGCUUAUAUAAAACAUAUGCACAUCACUUAACUUUGCUGUGGAUGAAAUGUCUGUAUCCCAAGUACGUCAAGAGAAAUAAAGGUAAAAGCAUUCAUGAAUGAAGUCUCAUUUUAUUCAUGGAUUCCGACCAAACAUAGAGAAAAGAUAAUUUGUUUGGGAAGAACUUAGCUCAGGGUGGGGACAGGGGGAGAACGUGACAGAAAUGUUUCCAAUCACACUGAUUUUUGUCUUGUCACGUCAUUGCCCAGAGCAGGUAUUUCUUGAUCCACAUGGGUGGCUGUCUGAGGAGUCUCCCUCAUCAGGUUAUUUCUUCUACCAACCCCACAGUCUUUUGUAGUAUCCUUAGGUGCUUCAAUGAAGCUCAUGUGUGAUCAUCAUUGCUUUUUUUUUUUUUU